CUCUGGACAGAAAUAGCUGUCGGACAGGUUGGUUUUGAGGACUCUGCUGGAGCAUUGCUGCGUUGGCCCAAAUUUGACUUUAGGCGGGAACCGCGGCUGGUGCGGAGUUCCUCCGAGAGGCGAGAGCUUUAAGGUUGCACCAAGGGAGGGGACUCAGGACACCGGGGACCUGCUCCGACCUGGCGUGCAUUGUCAAGGAGGCAGAAGACCGUGGUCCGGGAGCGGCGGGAGACUGAUGAUCCUACAGGAACUGAGCACAGGAUAGACCGGACGAGCGCCCCUCGGAGAAUCACGUAGAAUCCAGUGAGCCGUAGCGCGGCAGGAGGAAGCACGAGAAUCCCAGAAACACAGAUUGGACUUCCUGGAACUUAGGCUAUGGAUAAAUUGGGACAGAUCAUCAGGUUAGGCCAGCUCAUCUAUGAACAGUGUGAAAAGAUGAAAUACUGCCGGAAACAAUGCCAGCGUCUAGGAAACCGUGUGCACGGCCUGCUUCAGCCUCUCCAGAGACUCCAGGCCCAAGGAAAGAAGAACCUGCCGGAUGACAUGACUGCUGCCCUGGGCCGUUUUGAUGAAGUCCUGAAGGAGGCUAACCAGCAGAUAGAAAAGUUCAGCAAGAAGUCCCAUAUUCGGAAGUUUGUGAGUGUGGGCAAUGAUAAGAUCCUCUUCCAUGAAGUGAAUGAGAAGCUGAGAGAUGUCUGGGAGGAGCUGUUGCUGCUGCUUCAGGCUUAUCAAUGGAAUACCGUUUCAGACGUCAGCCAGCCAGCAUCCUGGCAGCAGGAAGAUCGACAGGAUGCAGAGGAAGACGGAAAUGAAAAUAUGAAAGUUAUCCUGAUGCAGUUGCAAAUUAGUGUGGAAGAAAUCAACAAAACCCUGAAGCAAUGCUCACUAAAACCCACACAGGAGAUCCCACAAGAUCUCCAAAUCAAGGAGAUCCCAAAGGAACAUCUUGGACCUCCGUGGACCAAACUGAAGACAAGUAAAAUGAGCACCAUUUAUAGAGGAGAGUACCACAGAUCUCCAGUUACCAUCAAAGUAUUCAACAACCCCCAGGCCGAAAGUGUUGGAAUAGUGAGGCUCACUUUCAAUGACGAGAUCAAAACCAUGAAGAAAUUUGAUUCUCCCAACAUCUUGCGUAUAUUUGGGAUUUGCAUCGAUCAAACAGUGAACCCCCCUGAGUUCUCCAUUGUCAUGGAGUACUGUGAACUUGGAACCCUGAGGGAACUGCUGGAUAGAGAAAAAGACCUCACAAUGAGCGUGCGCAGCCUCCUAGUCCUGAGGGCAGCCAGAGGCUUGUACAGGCUACACCAAUCGGAAACACUCCACAGAAACAUCAGCAGCUCCAGUUUCCUCGUAGCCGGAGGCUACCAAGUAAAGCUCACAGGAUUUGAGUUAAGCAAAACACAGACUUCCAUCAGCCGGACAGCAAAGAGCACUAAAGCAGAGAGAUCCAGUUCGACGAUAUAUGUCUCCCCUGAGAGACUGAAAAACCCAUUUUGCAUUUAUGACAUAAAAGCUGAAAUAUAUAGGUAUGUUCCUGUACAGAUUCUAACUUGGGUGGAAAGGACAGGGCAGUCCCCCAUGCCAGGCUGUGAUUCUAAGAAGAUCCGGGAGCUGGUGGCUGAGGACAAGAAGCAGGAACCAGUGGGUCAGGAUUGCCCUGAGUUGUUGCAGGAAAUCAUUAAUGAGUGUCGUGCCCACGAGCCCUCCCAACGGCCCUCUGUGGACGGAAUCUUGGAGAGACUGUCUGCGGUUGAAGAAUCCACGGACAAGAAGGUGUAAGAGGACAAACUGGACAUUUGUCCUUCAUAUCUGUUAGCAGCAUCAACUUAUUGCUGGGAGCAAAUAGCUUCUUUCUCCCUUGCUUGCUUGCUUUUUUUCUUUCUUUUUCUUGAGAUGGGAUCUUACCAUGUAGCCCCUGCAAACUAUG